AUGUCGAAUAAUUCGCCACACAAUAGCGAAGACAUUUCAUAUGUUGUUUUAAACACUUCAGCAGACAGUGACAUUUCUACAAGUUUAGUUAGUCCUCCCUCAUUAAACAAUAACGAGAAUUCCUCUUCAUCACACAGCUCACCUCUUCUCUCUUCCACCCAAUUAUUCAAUCCCACUCUAGAAAAUCAUCCUUUACUGCUCCAACGUCGCUUUAAUAAUAACGGAGAAGGAGGGACAAUAUUAUCACGAGACAAUAAUAAUAAUCCUACUAUCAUUUCUAGUCGUGUUCCUCACAUGAAUACCACCGCUAAUUCUGAUACCGCGGCCGUACCGCCACCAACCGAUGAGAACAAAGUUGUUCCGAUUUAUCGUCGCCCAAGGUUCAUUGCAUUCAUGUCGACUCUAACCGCCAAUUUUCUUUUCCCGUUUAUUAACGGUGUGAUGUUGGGUCUUGGGGAGAUUUGUGCUAAUGAAUUCGCAUUUCGGAUGGGUUGGUUCCGUGCGAGAAGUAUCCCGUUGCAUACGAGGACGGAUAUACCACUAGGUCUGAAAGAACAAUAUGGCGCUGGAUUGUUCGGCACACGAGGAAGGAGAAAAGAUCAAAGUGGAAAUGUCCACGCACACAUUUACAAAAGCUCGUUCCCCGAAAAAUCAAUUUCCUCAAUACUAACGCGCGCUCGUAAGCACGCGAACGUGCGCAAAAUUGUGUGUGUUUCGGAGAUACUUGACGAAGCGAAAGAAAUUUUGAUGAUGUCAAAGAAUAAUGGAUAUUUUUCAUAUGGUUCAAAUGUAAUUAAUGAUGAUAACAAUCAUAUUAAUAGUAAAGUAAAAAACGAUGAUGAAGAAAAAGAAAUUUUACCAUCAUUGGAAUUAAGUGAAAUGAUAGCACCGUGUGCUGGACUUCAUCCUGUACAACCAGGUUUCUAUGAUGGCAGCGCGAGCAAGAGUGUGAUGAAUGUGAGUCAAGUUGAUGGCAUACUUCAAUUUAUCAGGGAGAAUUCACAAGAUCUGGUUGGAAUCGGUGAAGUUGGCCUCGAUUACUCGCCCCAUGUAUUCUCGAACGCACUUGCACAAAAUCCCAAUAAAACAAUCGACGAUCUAAAAGAAACACAACGACAGGUGCUGACACGACAAACAGAGUUAUCAAUUUCAUAUGAUCUGCCAUUGAACGUGCAUUCUCGGUCCGCGGGGCAUCAUGUUUUGGACUUGUUAUCAAAAGUUGGUGCAAAAAAGGUGGUAAUGCAUGCAUUUGAUGGUCAAGUAAAGUAUGCGAAACGUGGUGUAGAAAUGGGAUAUUACUUUUCAGUCCCGCCAUCAAUUAUCCAUUCAAAACAAAAACAGAGCCUAGUCUCCGCUUUACCACUAUCUAAUUUAUUACUGGAAACUGAUUCUCCUGUGCUCGGACCUGAACCUGGUCUUGAUAAUGAACCGGCAAAUAUUGUGUUUAGCGCACAUGAAAUUGCUAGGAUCAAAGAAGUUGAUGUGAAUCAAGUGGUGAGUCAUUUUCUAUAUGAUAUAAAAUACAACUUGGCGAGUGGAGUCUGA